GACUACAGCGACACGCAUCCAUUCCCCUGCCCCUCUUCCUUAGCACCCAAGUAGUGUACCCUUCUCUUCUUCCUUUUUAUAUCCCAAUUCUCGUCCUUCGGCUCCUCUUCCUCUCUCUCUUUCUCUUCAGUCUUCUAAACCCUAGAACCCCACCCUUCGGAGAAGCGGCUUCUGACCUCGAUGGAUGCGAAGAUCAGCAAGUUCUUCGAAUCAGUUGGUUCUUUCUUCUGCGGUGGCGACAGCAUCCCCUGGUGUGACCGUGACAUCAUCGCUGGUUGUGAGCGAGAGGUUGCUCAGGCUGGAAGUGCAGAACAUAGAACUGAAAGCCUUACAAGGUUGUCAUGGGCUCUUGUUCAUUCUAGGCAACCAGAGGAUGUGAACCGAGGAAUUGGCAUGCUUGAAGCUUCUUUGGAUGGCUCAAACAGUUCAUCACAAAUCAGGGAGAAGCUUUAUCUUCUUGCGGUUGGAUAUUACAGAAGUGGAGAUUAUUCAAAGAGCCGGCAGCUCUUGGAUCGCUGUCUGGAGAUUGCACCUGAUUGGAGGCAGGCACUGACUUUGAAGAAGGUUGUCGAAGAUCGGAUCACUAAAGAUGGUGUGAUUGGUGUUGGAAUCGCUGCCACUGCUGUUGGACUUCUUGUAGGGGGAGUCGCCGCUGCGUUGGCCCGGAAGAAGUGAUGAUCCUCUUUAUAUGAAGGCAUCUUCUUGGAUCUUCGAUCUAUAGUGCAGGUUGCUUUACUGGUUUAAUAAUAGGAAAGUAUAUCUUUGUUCAAAACUCUCUUGAUUUGUUUGUCUUUUGGAUGUGAGAAGUUUAUGGACGGACUUCUUUUAUCUUUUACUAUCGCCUAUACUAAGUCAUACUUGUGUAUAAUAAAUUUUGUUAUAUUCUGGCUAUCAUAUUUGAAUAUAGAUUUCUUAAAUGGCUUGCAUGCA